CGGUCAAGUGGGAGGUGUGGCCUGUCAGGUUGUAUAGCUUGUCCGGUCCCUUUAAUGGGAAGAGGAAUUUUCUGAUUCAAUCCAUACCUUCUGAACUACACAAGCUCAUCGAUUGACUACAAGUCGAAGAUUAUAGAGAUCCACGAUGUCUGAAAGAGAUUCAAAGAUUCCAGCGCUCAACGAGAACAUUCUCGAGCUGAUUGGUAAUACGCCACUAGUUAGAUUGAACAAGGUGCCACAAUCAUUGGGGAUUAAGCCCCAAGUGCUUGCCAAAGUUGAGUUGUUCAACGCUGGUGGAAGUAUCAAGGACAGAAUUGCCCUCAGAAUGGUUGAGGAGGCUGAAAGGGAAGGUAGAAUCAAGCCAGGUUAUGUUCUCUGUGAGCCAACCUCUGGUAACACUGGUAUCGGUUUGGCCCUGGCUGGUGCCGUUAAGGGCUACAGAGUGAUCAUCACUUUGCCAGAGAAGAUGUCCAAUGAGAAAGUCUCUGUGUUGAAAGCAUUGGGUGCUGAGAUCAUCAGAACCCCAAACGAGGCUGCUUUUGACUCCCCAGAAUCACACAUUGGUGUAGCAAAGAGAUUGGAGAAGGAGAUCAAGAACUGUGUCAUCUUGGACCAAUACGGUAACAUUAACAACCCGGAUGCCCACUACUACACAACCGGUUACGAAAUCUGGAAGCAAACAGGUGGUAAAUUGAACGCCCUUGUUGCAGGUGCAGGUACUGGUGGUACUAUCACUGGUAUUUCCAGAUAUUUGAAAGAACAGGAUCCUAGCAUCACAGUUGUUGGUGCUGACCCAGUCGGAUCCAUUUUGGCCGUGCCAGAGACAUUGAACAAGACUGAUGUUACUCAAUACAAAGUCGAAGGUAUUGGUUACGACUUUAUUCCAGACGUUUUGAAGAGAGAAUCAGUUGACCAAUGGUACAAGACUGAGGACCAGGAGUCCUUCACUUUGGCUAGAAGAAUCAUUUCAGAGGAGGGUAUCUUGGUUGGUGGCUCAUCCGGAUCUGCAAUGGCCGCCGUUGUAAAGUACUGUAACGAUCACCCAGAGCUCACGGAGAAGGAUACAAUCGUUGUUGUUUUCCCAGAUUCUAUCAGAUCCUAUUUGACCAAGUUUGCAGAUGAUGAAUGGAUGAAAUCCAACGGGUUUGAAAUCAACACGAAGCCAAAGGCCGAAGAUUUACAAACCGAAACCAUUGCAUCUUUGAACCUGAAGCCCGUCGUGGCUGUUUACUCUGAUGAGAAGGUUCAAACCGUUAUCAAGCUCCUUAAGGACAACGGAUUCGAUCAAUUACCAGUUCUUGCAAAGGGAACCGAGAAACUUAUCGGUCUCAUAACUCUGAGCAAGCUUUUAAAAUCAGUCUCAUCUGGAUCAGUGUCGUUGAACGACAACAUCGAGCCAAUAAUCCUCGAUUUCAGAAAGCUUAACAACUUUGACGAUGUCAACCUAUUCAACGACAACAAGUCGUCUAAAAAGAAAUUCCAGCAGAUCACCACCAAAACCACUCUAAAGGAGCUGAACAAGUUCUUCGAGAAGAACGCUUGUGCCAUUGUCACCGACGAGAACUUGAAGCCGGUGCACGUUGUGACCAAAGUGGACUUGCUGGACUACUUUGUUGGCGGCAUCUAAUUGCACUCAAUAGUACAUAAUACGACAAGCUAGCUGUAUACUGCA